UAUUCAACUUUCACGCGGUUACGUUUUUGCUGCCCCCCGCCCCAUCUUUUCCCGUAUAUAUAUCUCUCUUUCUCUCUCAGAGCUAGCCCUCCGUCAAGCCAUCAGGGCCAUCAGCGUCGAAGUCACCGAAGGAUUCCUCUCCCUCCUCCUCAAGGGCAGGACCAUUCCUACCUUGAAGAAUUAAGACAUAUCAGGAGGAGAUACAGGAUGAAGCGGUGGCUUUGUUGCACUGGCUAUACAGAAGGUCCAUACAAGCCGGAUGAAGGUGAUCCACUAAAAAGCCCCUGGGAUGCUCCAGAUGGAAUGCGAGGUUCGAAGCCAUCAGCACCAGCUAGAGAUGAUCCACAAAAAGUGCCACCAAUUGAAGUACCUGCAUUAUCCUUACAGGAACUUACAGAAAAGACUGACAGUUUUGGAUCUAAGUCUUUAAUUGGUGAAGGGUCGUAUGGCAGAGUUUAUUUUGCAACAUUAGAUACUGGAAAAGCUGCAGCAAUUAAAAAGCUUGAUGUCUCAAAUGAACCUGAAUCUAACACUGAGUUUCUGACUCAGGUUUCUGCAGUCUCAAGAUUGAAACAUGAAAAUGUUGUUGAGUUACUGGGAUAUUGUGUAGAAGGAAAUUUACGUGUUCUAGCAUAUGAGUUUGCCACAAUGGGUUCCUUGCAUGAUAUUUUGCACGGUAGAAAAGGAGUACAAGGUGCACAACCUGGUCCGACACUUGACUGGAUGCAGCGAGUGAAAAUUGCAGUUGAUGCAGCAAGGGGGCUUGAAUAUCUGCAUGAGAAAGUUCAGCCCUCUAUAAUACACCGGGAUAUCAGAUCUAGCAAUGUUCUGCUAUUUGAGGAUUUCAAAGCCAAAAUUGCCGACUUUAACCUUUUAAAUCAGGCUCCUGAUAUGGCUGCUCGUCUUCAUUCAACCCGAGUAUUAGGAACAUUUGGCUAUCAUGCACCAGAGUAUGCUAUGACAGGUCAGCUGACUCAGAAAAGUGAUGUGUAUAGCUUCGGCGUCGUUCUUCUUGAGCUUCUAACUGGCAGGAAGCCAGUUGACCAUACAAUGCCUAGAGGGCAGCAGAGUCUUGUCACUUGGGCAACUCCCAGGCUUAGUGAGGAUAAGGUUAAGCAAUGCCUAGAUCCGAAGUUAAAGGCGGAUUACCCUCCAAAAGGAGUUGCUAAGCUAGCAGCCGUGGCAGCACUAUGCGUGCAGUAUGAAGCGGAAUUUCGGCCGAAUAUGAGCAUUGUUGUCAAGGCACUGCAACCACUUCUCACACAGAAACCUCCAGCUUUGCCGCCGCAGCCAGCUGACACUGAGACCUGAAGUUCUGGGCCCCCUCCUGUCAACGCUUGUGCUUGGAUGCUUCUAUCACUGACUCUUGAGGUUUCAUCAAUUGAAGGGUCUGUUUAUCUGGGGUUCGGCUGUUCGUAAUCUGCCUCUUUUCAGAUUUGACAUGCUUUUGCAGAGGUUGUACAUGCUUCCCCACUUGUGACUGUUGCGGUACAUGGUUUUCAUCGCCUGCACCAGAGUGAAAUUGAAUUUGAACCAGAACAAAAAACACAUGGUCGGGUGAUUUAAUGGUAUAUUUCCCUGAAUUUGUAUUUUAUUUCUUUAUCCAGCACGCUGGGUAUUUUAACUUGGACCCUGUGAUUCUUAAAGCAGCAGAUUGUUUCAGUUCUUUA